CAUUGGAAUUGUCUUCUGUUCAAAACAAAACGUUUUGUCCAACAUUCAGCCUGCUUAUUUUUUGUUCUACAUUAGUCAAAAUUUUAUUUUGUUCUAAAAACAUAUAUUUAAAAUAUAUAAAAGCUAUAAAAUUUAAGCCUGUGGUACAUUCUAACACCAGUGAAGUAAAAAUAACUAGAUCUAGAUCUAAUAGUCAUUUGAAUACAAUGAUAACAGCAACUGGACAGCGACCUAAUGUGGUGGUUAACAUAAUCGUUUUUCGAAACAGUUUUUUCGCUGAUUCUGAUUCACAUCUGGUGCCAAUUUUCCUUUUUAAUACGAUUUAAUAAAAAGAAGAAAGCUGUGAAUUAACUUUGUAAACAAAUAACUCAGUUAUUUAAAUAAACAUUUUCGAGAGGGAAAAAAUGACGCCCAUUAAGCUUACGGCACUACCAGAUUUUCGACCAUUCUUAAGACAUUCAGAUUUGUUUUCAACAAUAAAUAGGCCUACUAAUCGACACAGAAGCAUGUUCGAUGAGGUUGAGAAUUUACACUCAGACCCCCGCAGUUACAAACAAGACUAUGAAGAUAAAGAAGGAAGUACAAGCAUCAUCUUCUCCCUGCCAGAGAAAAUUGGGGUACUUGCAGCAGCUUUGAAAGUUUUUGAACAACAUGGUGUAAAUCUCCAUCAUAUUGAGUCUAGACCAGCCAGAGAUGAUGCUAGAAGCUUUGAGUUUUAUGUUGCUUGUGAUAAUCUCACUGGUGGACUUAAGGAAGCUAUAGAGGCACUUCGUGCUACAACAAGCAAGUUAACAGUUUUGUCCAGAAAUAUUCAAAAUGGCAGUGCUGAUGAUGUACCCUGGUUCCCAAGGAGAAUCAAAGAACUGGACAGAUUUGCCAAUCAAAUUCUUAGCUAUGGCUCAGAACUAGAUGCAGAUCAUCCUGGUUUUACUGAUCCAGUAUACAGAGAGAGAAGAAAGGAGUUUGCAGAUAUUGCUUUCAAUUAUAAACAUGGUCAACCUAUUCCUAGAGUGGAAUACACUAAGGCUGAAGUUAAAACCUGGUCAACAAUUUUCCGAGAACUCAUUAAACUUUACCCAACUCAUGCGUGCAGAGAGUUCAAUCAUGUGUUUCCUCUGUUGAUUGACAACUGUGGCUUUCGAGAAGACAACAUUCCACAGUUGCAAGAUAUUUCUGAUUUUCUCAAAGAUUGCACUGGGUUUUCUCUCAGACCUGUGGCUGGACUUCUCUCAUCUCGUGACUUUUUGGCUGGCUUGGCCUUCAGGGUAUUCCACUCUACACAGUACAUACGUCAUGGCUCUAAACCAAUGUACACUCCAGAACCAGAUAUUUGCCAUGAAGUACUAGGCCACGUACCACUGUUUGCUGACCCAUCCUUUGCUCAGUUCUCUCAGGAAAUCGGUCUAGCUAGUCUUGGUGCACCUGAUGAUUACAUCAAGAAACUUGCCACACUGUACUGGUUCACUGUUGAGUUUGGUCUGUGCAGACAAGAAGGACAGUUGAAAGCUUAUGGAGCUGGACUCCUGUCAUCAUUUGGAGAAUUAGAGUACUGUCUGAGUGAUAAGCCUCAGGUCCUUCCAUUUGAUCCACUGAAGACUUGUGAACAAGAGUACCCAAUCACUUCAUUCCAACCUGUUUACUUUGUGGCUGACAGUUUUGAUUCUGCCAAAGUGAAACUAAAACAAUUUGCUGCAACCAUCCCAAGACCAUUCAGUGUCCGCUACAAUCCCUACACCCAGAGUGUGGAAGUCAUCAACAGUAAACAGCAAAUUAUCAACCUGACUAAAGACAUCAAAGGUGAUCUAUCUCUAUUGGAAGAUGCUAUUGCUAAAAUUGAAUCCUAAAUACACAACUGAAGGAUAGAACUUGGAAUGUUUUACAUCAGCCAGGAAAACCAAUGACUUUACAGAGUCUAUGUUACUGAUUAACAUGCAGGACUAGAUUAGAUAUAAAACUAUUUGCUCAUAUGUACAGGAAUGAAGUGGAUUGAUUGAUAAGAAGUAAAUAAACAUUAAUUAAAUUGACACAUGAAUCUGAAGCAGAGGAACACAGAAUUUUCAAGAAAAAAAAGUUUGCUUUAAGUCAAAUGGUUGUAUUUUUGGAAUGACUAUUUGGUAUACAAUUUUAAAUAUGUAUUACAUCGCAUUUAUAUAAAUAUAUUAGCGGGAUAUUACCCGCGGGCCUUAGUUUGUGUAUCAUUGAUCUAGCGCCAUGUUUCCUUACAUCUAUUAUAAAGUACUUUGAAAAUGGGCUUACCCGAUUAGUUGAAAAGUUUCUUUCUUUGGGUAUUUUUUUUAAUUUUCAAGGCCUUUUUGUGGGAGAGACAUUUAACAUUCGCUACAGUCUCCACGGUGAUCUAAUGAACAUCAUGUCAAAUUUUAUCGAUUGGUCAAACAGUUUUGAUUUCUAUUCAGGACAUAUAUAUGUAUUCAUACUCACUCCUUACAUUGUGCUUUAUAUAUUAUAUUUUUUUAAGGUUGGUGUAUAAUGUCAGGGCAUUGUGUUCAGUAAUAUUUUUGAGAUUCAAAUAUCUAUUUUUGUAAAAAAAAAAUUAUUUAAUGCUGUUACAAGUUGUUUGACAUGUAUUUUUAUUGUAAUAAAUUAUAUAUCAUUAUUAUAUGUGCCUUGUAUUCCAGUGGAAAUGGGAAAUUUAAUUACUGAAAAACAAAUGUCUAACACAAAAUAAAAUUUUGAUUCAAUGUU